AUGUGUGAGGGGCCCCUUCACACUUUUGGUGGUGUGAAACGAGACUGGGAGGAGCAUCCUGUUGCUGCCACCUGCUCACCCACCUACCUGUCAGCCCCCAUCAAGGAUGCUGCUUCAGCUCCAAGCUGCCCACGCUCUGCUUCCUGCGAUCUCAGUGACCUGGGUGCAGAGCUUUCAGAUGUGACUCAUGAGGACGAAAGGGAACUGCGCAUGCGCCCCACGCCUCUUGGGCGGAGGCUGUCUCGCCACAAAACCCAGCUCAUCACGCAAGACUUCUCCACAUCCCACAACCUCUCUGGAGACAUGAUCAAACAUUUAGAGAUAAAAAUAAUCCACUUGUCCCCUGCAAACAGCCCUGCACCACACAGCAGACGAAAUCAUGUCUUCUGGUUUCAGCAAGCGGUCCUCAUUCCAGAUGAACACAUAGAGAAUGUUAGCCGGGGCGGCCCUGCGUGCCCGAGCACACUUCAGGGCCCAUUUCACACCAACUUCCGCCUUGCUGUGAUGGCUGCUUUGUCGCCGUCUGUCCUGCAUCCCCGUGUCGUCUCGGACAUCUGCGCAUUCCCACUGAGGGCGCGUCUCGUGCAGCUUAGUCCCCUGUGGACCAGGAAUCUCCAGGCCCUGGAGGGACCGAAGCAGGGGCCUCAGCCUGACAAAGAGCCUGAAAUUGUGCAGGACUUCUCUCUCCUCGCCAAGGCAGUGCCCUGCAGGAGCCCCUUUCCAGAGGCAAACCUGGAGGUGAGACAUGAAGAAAAUCGAAGUCAUGCCAACCUUGUACACUAUCAAGAAGCAGACUCUGUCUCUGGGACGCCCACCAUCAACGUAGAGGAAAAAGAUGGGGGUCCCCACGUCUGCCGUGUGUGUGGGGACAAGGCCAAUGGCUAUCACUUCAACGUCAUGACGUGUGAAGGAUGCAAGGGCUUUUUCAGGCGGGCCAUGAAACGAAAUGUCCGGCUGAGGUGCCCCUUCCGCAAGGGCACGUGUGAGAUCACGCGGAAGACGAGGCGACAGUGCCAGGCCUGCCGCUUGCACAAGUGCUUGGAGAGCGGCAUGAAGAAGGAGAUGAUCAUGUCUGACGCAGCGGUGGAGCAGAGACGAGCCUUGAUCAAGAGGAAGAAGAAGGAAAGGGUGGAGACCCAGCCUCCCAGCAUGCAGGGGCUGACUGAGGAGCAGCAGAUGCUGAUCAGGGAGCUGAUGGAAGCUCAGAAGAAGACCUUUGACACCACCUUCACCCAUUUCAAGGACUUCCGGCUGCCAGAGGUGUUUAGCAGUGGUCAAGAGAUGCCAGAGUCUCUGAGAUACCCACUGGAAGAAGAUACAUGGAACCAGAUCAAGGAAGAUCUGGGUUCUAUGAAGAUCUCUCUGCAGCUGCGGGGGGAAGAUGGCAGUGUCUGGAACUACAAACCCCCAGAAAACAGCGAUGGGAAAGAGAUCAUUUCCCUGCUGCCCCACCUGGCUGACAUGUCAACCUACAUGUUCAAAGGCAUCAUCAAUUUUGCCAAAGUCAUUUCCUUCUUCAGGGACUUGCCCAUCGAGGACCAGAUCUCUCUCCUGAAGGGAGCCACCUUUGAGAUGUGCCUACUGAGGUGUAACACGAUGUUCAACACAGACACUGGCAUCUGGGAAUGUGGUCGGCUGGCCUACUGCUUCAAAUACCCUAAAGAUGGCUUCCAGGAGCUUCUCCUGCACCCUGUGAUGAAGUUCCACUACAUGCUGAAGAAGCUGCAGCUGCGUCAGGAGGAAUAUGUGCUGAUGCAGGCUAUCUCCCUCUUCUCCCCAGACCGCCCAGGCGUGAUGCAACGUGCCGUGGUGGAAGAGCUGCAGGAGCGAUUCGCCACCACCCUGAAGGCCUACAUCGAGUGUGUCCGGCCCCAGCCUGCCCACCGGUUCCUGUUCCUGAAGAUCAUGGCUGUGCUCACCGAACUGCGCAGUGUCAAUGCCCAGAAUACCCAGAGGCUACUGCGCAUCCAAGACACACACCCCUUUGUCACCACGCCCCUCAUGCGGGAGCUGAUCAGUGGUACAGAUGACUGAGUGGAGGACCUUGGGUGAAGCCUCUGUGGGACAGCCAGACCCAGAACUCUGACAUGCCUCUUCUUCCUCUUCCCCCUUCCCUUCCCCUUCUCCGACUGGGGAUUAAACUCAGGACCUUGUGCUUGCGAGGCAGUAGAGCCACUGAGCUAAAUCCUCGGCCCUGAGAUGCCACUUCUGACAUUGGACAGAUGCACAAUGGUAAUAGCUGACAACACUCUGACCAUUGCAGGGCAGCAUACCUUAGGUACUGGCCAUGGUACCCCAUCCCCCAGUGCAACCCAUAGAGAGGGAAACAUGGAUCCUGUAUGGAGAGUGCACUGGUCUACAGGUUAGGCGCAUUAGAAAAGCAAGGCUGCUCUUCCCUUAGACAAGGCCCUUUGGUGUGUGAAUAAAUCCUGAAAUCCCUCUAAAAUGCCAUAGUGGGAGGAGGGAAAGGAGUGAUGGGGCUGAGCUUCAACAGCAUCUAUAGCACACCCACGUCCAUUGUCUGGAGUCUCUUUCUUGCUACCUCUAAUAUUCCUGCCGCCCACUUCCCACCCAUUGGACCAUACCCCUCCCUCGCUAAGGGGCUGGGGUGGGGGUUCCUGGCCUGAGCUCAACAGCAGGUGCGCUGGUGUCUGUGGGAGUCUUCUAGAGAAGCCAGGAGGCCUGGAUUGUCAGAAGCUGGUGACACCUCAUUCUGAGUCUCUGCAUCCACUCAAGCACAUUACUAAGAACCAGCAUGCUGUGGGAUGUACACUUUUGACGCAGAUGUGGACCUUGAUCUCAGAGCUUACAGUUAAGAAAAUAAAAGUUGGAACCCAAGUAGCAUGCGUCAGAAGGGCAAGUGGCACAUGACAUAAGCCCAGGGAAUUUCUUUGUGUGGAUGCUGACAGCACUGGGAAUCUGUGGGUACGAGGGGCCGCCUUUAUGGAAGGAAAUGGUGGGAACUGUGGUUGUGGGAACCGUGGGGCUUGGUAAGGAAAGUCUGAGACGGGAAUACUGAGGUGCUUGGUUACGUGGCUGCGGUGAUUGUGGGUUAAUAAACAUGCCAGAUCAGAGUCGCUGUGUGCACUGAUACCCCGUGUACACAU